CACUGCCACAGACGGGUGCACAUCACUUCCACUUCCCCAUGAACAUUUCGCCGGCUUCCAGCCUCCUACACCGCACCGCAUCGGACGCGGAGUUGGCUGCCGAUACGGAUGCCACCUAGCAUAUGGUCGGAUACGCGGUCCGGACACGUCGAAAUUGAACAAUUUGUCGAAUCACAGCUGAAGAGACUAUGAACCCCAAGUGUGGAGUUUCUUUGGGCGCCAGCGUUCUCAUCACCAAGUCAUCACCAUCACCUACACUACACGACCAGCAGAUCAAGCUAAAUAUCAAACUAUGACCUCUCUACUGUAUCCCGAAUGCGCCGAUUCAACAUCAUGGUGGAGUGAUCUUCCGAAGCUCCCAUUCGAUUGAUGGGAAGGGGUAACGUCAGUCGAUCGAGAUUUACUUUUUUUUUUUUUUUUUUUUUUU